AAAAACGUUUCUAGAUCCCCUUCGGUCAAUUGGUAUGGUCCUUUAUUUCCGCAAGUUGAUAUUUGCUUUCCCAAAUUUCCAGAGUCAAAAUGAAGUAGAAAACUUAAAAUAUACGGGUCAAAAAUGAAUUUGUAUCAACAUAGUAUAUUUGUAACAUUCAUAGCGACACAGCUAGCCCCUACCGUGUACGCCACUGAUCGACGGGUGUGUGAUAGUAAAUACGGACCGGUAUGCUGUGAUGGUUACUAUAGGGAUCUGGAGACCGCAAACUGCAUACCUUGUAGACCUGGGUACAUUGAUGUUAAUUGUUCUAAGACGUGCGGCUACCCUACAUACGGAGAAAGGUGUCAGAAAAUCUGUAACUGUUCGGAGACCCAAUGUGAUUUCUCUGAUGGAUGUCCGAGAAGCAUCACGAAAUCUGACAAAUAUGUUCAGUAUCAGUCCUCGACAGAACGUUCGAACUCAGAAGUGAGGCCGCGCCUUGUACAAGAGAAACGAAGGACUUCGAUAGAGAUCUAUUUAAACCACAAAUAUGGAAGGAAGGAUAUGCGCACUUACCCUCUCAUUACUCCACUAGACAUGAUUGACAAUGAAUCAAUUACUUUGAAAGCCAAUUCUAAUCGCAAUACCACAGAGUUUUCCAGUAUUCCCGGAAUGAUACUAAUCGCACUAUUAACUUCUAGUGUUACAUUACUGUUGUGUGGUAUGAUAGUUAUGAUAGCACUCAUAAGAAAAUUUAUGUGCCGUAGAAAAGAAAAUCGGCGCAAUCAAAGAGCUCUGGACUCGGCUGAUCUAUUGACGUCAGAGUAUGACGUUUUGCACAACAGGAAUGCAUUUCGCGGUCUGGCUGAGGUUUCUAUAGAGUACAGUGAAAUUAGUCAAUCAUACUCUGUUCACUUUACAACCAAAGCUGCUGAUCAAGGCCAGUCUGGUCUAUCUGAUGCAGAACGAAGUCACGUUUAUCUCGAUUUAGACGACACCCGGAAAUAAUGGAAACCCAACCCAAAGCUAGGUCCAUUUUAAGAUGAUAGGAAAACACAGCGAGGGUGAAAAAUUUGAUCGGUUGAUGUUCCAGUUAUCUCCUGACAUAUCCAUACAUGUAUAAAAUGAACCCCAGUUUGUAAAUCAAAACCUCCAUUUAUCGAUAUUAGUUAUAUUCAGGUGUGUUAAACUUUAAUUUUGAUUGAUCACAACGUUCAUGUUCCUAUAAUGUGACCAUUGACUAUGACUAUGUUACAUGAAAGAACACUGGGUAGUGUAGAUAAGAGGAUUUUGGCCCACGAUGACGCCCUGUUGAGGGUCUGAUAGAGGGGCAAAGUCAGAAGCUAGUGGACUCUUGGCAUGGAGUUUAGUGCCUUUCGGAGGACGUUGAAUUCAAAUCACGUUCAUGCGAGUAUCAUUUUCAUGCAUUUUUUAUGCAAAAACUGUAGUAGACUUUAGUCAACUUGAAGCACUGGCAAUCAGCAAGACAAUCGCUGUUCGUUCCUCAUAACACAAUCUGCAAUAACGUUAUCCACGUCAAAGGAAAAGUCAUCUUUACCUAUUUGUUUUUCCUCUGCAGUUUUAAUUUCUAUAAUAUAUUUUCAUUCUA